AUGGAGAGUUAUGAAAAUAUAUAUAAUGCAAUUUGUCGAUUAUGUUUAAAUUAUAGUGACAGUAAAAAAAUGGUAUCUUUAAUUGACGAAAAUAGUCCAGACGGCCUGACUCCUUAUGCAAAGGCCGUUUCGACUUUUGCUCAAAUAAAUUUUACAAAACAGGACUGCUUUCCAAGUAACAUGUGCCCGAAGUGCUUGUAUUUGCUAAAACAAGCUAUUCAAUUUAAAUUGGUCACAGAAUCAAGUGAUAAUUGUUUAAAAAACUUAAAGGUUUCGGUUGGUGAUGAUAGUGAAAAUUUAAAAGAAAACAUCAUUGAAUUUACAAUGCUUAAGUUCUAUUUUCCCACCGAGUGCCGCAAAGUAACUAGAGAAUGUUCCAAAACUAAGAAAAAGAACGAAGAAAACAGCGAAGUAACCCAAUUUAUCGAAAAUAACAAGAACAUUGUAGAAAAUCAAUCAACCACUAACAAUAGCUUAGAUGGGGACCUUUUUGAAACUCAUGAGCCAGAAUCAGAAACUGAACAGAAUAUAUCAGAAAAUGAAGUAAAAAUAUUGGAUACAUUAGAGAACCUCUUUAGCUCAAAUGAUUGUGAAACUCCAAAUUCAGUACAGGUGUUUAAAAGAAAGAAAACUGUUGCAAAAAAGAAGUGUUUCAAACCACAAAAGCUACAAUAUCAGUUGGCAAUAAAACAAAGAAGUAUACGGAGAAAAUUACCCUCUGGUAGUCGAGUUAAAGAGGACUUGGUUUGCAAUGUUUGUGAUAGAGUGUUGGCAAACCAAUUGACCUACACCCAUCACAUGCAAAGGCAUACUGGAUGCAGAUACAUUUGUGAACAUUGUGGGAAAGGGUUCCCAGUGCUAAAUGAGCUGCAAAUCCAUCAGGUAACAAAGCAUGGCACUGGCCGGUACAUCCAAUGCAAGCAGUGCUCCUUCAAAGCUCCUAGGAAGUUUGAUUUGGUUGAACAUGAACGCAUACAUACUGGUGAGAGGCCAUACACAUGUGACAAAUGUGGAUUGACCUUCCGUAGACGAGGUAUAUGGAGGAAGCACUUAAUAUACCAUACUGAGAAAAAUGUCCAAUGUCCUCAAUGCCCAAGAAAGUUCUACCAAAGAAGUGAUAUGUUAGCACAUGCUAAUAAUAUUCAUAACAGAUUAUAUGUUUAUUCGUGCAGCAAAUGUGUUGCUACGUACACCAAAACACAGACUGUGAGACGGCAUAUGACUGAGCGACAUGGCAUUCCCAGGGAAUUGCAGGGGAAAAUUAUUCGGCUGAAUAAAGGGACUAGCUAUCAAGAUUAUUAAAGAUUUGUGUAUGUGACAAUAGCACAUAAGUACAGACAAGUUUUUCAACUUAAUCAAAAAAGAUAAGUUAGUAAGAAGUGUGUAGUAUAUUGUGUUAUUGAAGAGAUUAUUGUUUCAGAUUAUUUCUUAUGUGAAAAUGACAUUUGUUUGAAAUAUAGUUUUAAAAUUAGAACCAUUGUUUAUUAACCAAGAUGAAGAUCAUAUGCGGGUCAGAAAGAAGUGCCACAUAUUACACUUUUAAUGGAUUAAAUGAGUAACUGUUUAAGAAGCCGAAUUCUUACUAAUAUUAUAAAUGCGAUAGUGUGUUUGAAAAUAAACGAUUCCCACGGGAUUAAAAAAUAAUACGAAAUAGGACGAAGAACACCGGCAGCAG